AUGUCCAACGGAAGCAUCGUGACCGAGUUCCUUCUCUUGGGGUUCUCCGAUGUUCGGGAGCUGCAGAUUGUGCACUUUGUGGUGUUUCUGGUGCUUUACCUAGUUGCUCUGUUGGGGAAUCUUCUCAUCAUCUCAGCCAUCGCCAUUGACCACCAUCUCCACACCCCCAUGUACUUCUUCCUGGUGAACCUGUCCCUUCUAGACCUCGGCUCCAUCUCCGUCACCAUCCCCAAAUCCAUGGCCAACUCCCUCCUGGAUGUCAGAUGCAUCUCUUAUUCCGGAUGUGUCGCCCAAGUCUUUCUCUUCGUCUUCUUCGUCUCGGGGGAUGUUGCCUUGCUCACCAUCAUGGCUUACGACCGGUAUGUGGCCAUCUGCCGACCGCUGCACUACAAGCGUGUGAUGAACCGGGGAGCUUGUGUCCACAUGGCUGCCGGCGCGGGGGCAAGCGGUCUUCUCUAUUCUGCCCUGCACACCGGGAACACGUUUGCCGUCUCCUUCUGUGGGAGCCACGCGGUGGCCCAGUUCUUCUGUGAAAUCCCCCAGCUGCUCAAGCUGGCUUGCACCGAUUCCGACGUCAGUGAAAAUGGGGUUAUUGUCUUUAGUGCCUGCUUAGUCUUUAGCUGCUUUGUUUUUAUAAUUAUAUCCUAUGUUCUGAUCUUCAGAGCUGUGCUGAGAAUCCCCUCGCAGCAGGGCCGGCGCAAAGCCUUCUCCACCUGCCUCCCCCACCUCACUGUGGUCUCCUUGUUUGUUUCCACCGUGUUCUUUACCUACCUAAAACCCAGCUCUGGAUCCACAUCUAUCCCAGAUCUUGCCGCAGCUGUCCUCUAUUCUGUACUGCCGCCCAUGCUGAAUCCGGUUAUCUACAGCAUGAGGAACAAGGAGAUCCAAGUUGCCCUGCGGAAACUCACAAGGUCGAGGUUACUGACCAAGAAUUGA